CGCCCCCGCGGCGGGGGCCGCCGCCGCCUCAGCCCCGCGCAGCGCCCGGGAGCCGCCGCCGAGGCAGCGGCCGCAGAUGUGGCGCGGCCGGAGCGGCUGCGCGCAGCGCCGGCGGGGCGCAGCUUCCUUGGAAGAGCAAACUGACUCUGGGAAUUGGGAAGAAUUUUCCACUAUGCUUAUGUGGCGGCAGAGGAAUAGAUUUUUAAGACGAUGGGGUUACUUUUGGAUUGCUUAGUAGGACGUUGUGCCACUUGAACCUUCGUUGGAAAUGAUGACAAACAUCCAAGGAAUGCAAGUAUUUUGUUUCUCAAGUCCUCUGGGUUCUUCAAGCCUCGGUGCUCCUGGGCUGCAUCUGGGAUUCCCGGUAGCUGAUUCAGCCGGCGUGGAAACGCUCGCUGCCGUAUCACAGUUCCAAGGAAGACCGAGUUUCUGAGUACACCUGCAGCCGGCCAAAGGUUGUGCAACUCGCUACGUGCUGUUGCUGUAGUAACACCGUCGGGUCCUGCCGGAGCAAUGUGUAGGAAUGACGGCCCUCGGUAGACUUCCCACCUUGGAAAUGCAACGUUUUCAGUUACCCUCCAGCCCCGCGGAAGCACGUGGGCGAUUUGUGCCGGUGCCAGUAUGCAUGACCAACUGCCCCACGCUGAUCGUCAUGGUGGGGCUCCCAGCGAGAGGGAAGACCUACAUCUCCAAGAAGCUCACGCGCUACCUGAACUGGAUCGGCGUGCCUACGAAAGAAUUCAACGUUGGUCAGUACCGUCGCAAUUUGGUGAAAAAGUAUAAAUCGUUUGAAUUCUUCCUGCCUGACAAUGAAGAAGGCUUGAAAAUCAGGAGACAGUGUGCCUUAACCGCGCUGAAUGAUGUCCGGCAGUACCUCAGCGAAGAAAACGGGCAUGUGGCUGUCUUUGAUGCCACAAACACAACUCGAGAACGUAGAGAAACCAUUUACAAAUUUGGCGAAGAAAAUGGAUACAAGACUUUUUUUGUUGAGUCAGUGUGUGUAGACCCAGAGGUCAUAGCUGCAAACAUUGUGCAAGUGAAACUGGGUAGUCCCGACUAUGUUGAUUGUAGCAAUGAUGAAGCAACGGAAGAUUUCAUGAAGAGAAUAGAGUGCUACAAGAACUCGUACGAGACUCUAGAUGAAACUCUCGACAAGGACCUUUCUUACAUCAAAAUUAUGGAUGUUGGAAGGAGUUACCUUGUGAACAGAGUCAUGGAUCACAUCCAGAGCCGGAUUGUCUACUACCUCAUGAACAUCCACGUGACUCCUCGGUCGAUCUACCUCUGCCGGCACGGGGAGAGCGAGCUCAACCUGAAGGGGAGGAUAGGAGGAGAUCCUGGGCUGUCCGUCAGGGGGAAAGAAUUUGCCAAGAGCUUGGCACAGUUUAUUAAUGAACAAAAUAUCAAGGAUCUGAAGGUUUGGACCAGUCAGAUGAAAAGGACAAUUCAGACUGCCGAAGCCUUGGGAGUGCCUUACGAGCAGUGGAAGGUUUUGAACGAGAUAGAUGCAGGAGUGUGUGAAGAAAUGACAUAUGAAGAAAUACAGGAAAAUUAUCCGCUUGAGUUUGCACUGAGAGACCAAGACAAAUACAGAUACAGAUACCCCAAGGGAGAGUCCUAUGAAGAUCUCGUCCAGAGGCUGGAGCCCGUCAUCAUGGAGCUCGAAAGGCAGGAGAACGUGCUUGUCAUCUGUCACCAAGCUGUCAUGCGCUGUUUGCUCGCGUAUUUUCUCGACAAGCCUGCAGAACAACUGCCUUACCUCAAGUGCCCGCUGCAUACUGUCCUAAAGCUCACCCCGGUGGCUUACGGAUGUAAAGUGGAAUCAAUAUUCCUGAAUGUGGAAGCUGUAAACACACACAGAGAUAAACCUGAGAAUGUGGGCGUGGAUCGGUCCAGAGAAGAAGCGUUGCGGACGGUGCCCAACCACCUAUAGCUCCGGCUCGCGGCGGCAGCGACCCUUCCCCAUCAUGAGAGCGUUAGGGAACAGCUCAGGUCCGCGGGGACGGAGGAGGCAGCCCCGAGAGUCAGCCACGCUGCAAGCACGGCGCCUCCUCUUCACUUUGAGACAUUUCGAAUGUGGCUCUGCUUCCUCGGAGCAAACCCGUCGUUCUGGAGAACUUCCAGGGCCGCAAGGUAUCCGUGAGGACUAAGAAUAUUCCUGGGAAGCAGAGUAAAGUUGGUUUUAAAUUUUCAUACAUAAAUUUGUGCAGUUUCAGUGGUUUUUAGUGUUCAUCUGUGGAUACUGCAAGACAGUUAAUUACCCGUGUCAAUUUUACUGUCAGGUUUUAGCUAGACUUUACUUUCUUUUUUAAGUGUUUUUCUAAGAGUCCUUUUACUUUUACUGUGAAUAACUGCCUAGAAUUAGAUGGAGGGUUUUUUUGAUGGCAUAUUUAAUAUAUGUGAAAUUCUGCAUUUUGGGCAUUGGAGGCUCCAUGUUGUGAAACUACUUCAGACUGCAAAGCUGCUGCUCAGCUGUGUUAUCUUCUGCAUUUUGAGUUGAGCUUAGCUUUGCCAACCGAAACCGAAAUCUUUUGGAAAUGGGGAGAUUUUCCCCUCUGCCAUCCGAAAGCUUCUGCUGUUUUAGCAAGGUUUCGACGUCUUCCGGAGGCUGGCUGCAUUUCGGACCACAGUGGAAAGACGGUGUUAAGUAAUCCGCCUGGGGGGACGCGGGUGUAAGGAUAGACAGCAGACUGGUAUAAUAAAUCUAAACAGAGAGAAAAGCCCUUUCUGGGGCUGUUACGGUGCGGGACAAGCAGCUUCCCUGAGAUUUUCAGGGAAAUGACUCGGCCUGCCAAAGGCUAGAGAUACUGCUCGUCUCAGUGCUGUGAUUUUUAGGCAAUUUUUGGAAAGAAUUUUAACAUAAACUGUAUGUUUUUCUUUAUAGCCCCAUUCAGUACAUAGGUAAGGAAAGAGUCGAGAAGGGUUUAGUGGAGUUUAACCCUUCCAACGACUCAUGCAAGAAAAAAGCUGAGUAAAUUCUGACGUUAUUUUUUUACGUGGCACACCUACCUUUUGGGUUUGUUGGUUUGUUUUUAAGCGACCUUCCGCCUCCCCAAUUCCUUGCUGCCCUUUUAUACUUCUCUGAGCAACUCCAAUGCUAAAAAUGGAAUUUGCUGCAUCUGUCGAGGCCAAGACCGGGUGACUGUCCCGAGUCGACGGAUAUUGUGCGCGUGCGUUACGAGACGCUGCCGCGAGCUGGCCACGUGCUCGCUGGCUCUUAGCUCCUGAAACGCGGAGAGCUGCCGUUGGAAUGUGCUUUUAUUUGUUUAAAAUCUUCUCCAUUAAUCGAACUUUCGCCACGUAUACCGUUGAUUUAUUUGCUCAAUUCCUGCGCGAUGUGCCGGGCCCUCCUACCGUCGUUUUGCGGGCAAGGGCUAAACGCGUUUUAUUUGUGCAGGGUUUGUAAAAUAACGUGCUGCUGUUGUGAUUUGUUCUCCUAAGCUCGUUUCAGCAAUAUAUCCGGCUCCGGAAGUAAGCCAUACAGCUAGACUCCAUUUCCGAAAAGGAAAGCGUAGGAUGCUAAGUGGGCAGAAACACUCGCUUCGAGCCGUACUGUCUUUUUGUAUGUGACCUCUGUGUUCGGUAAUGUGCAUUUAAGAUCUGUAUUAACUUUGCUAUGUUCGUGGUUGCUGUCUAAGGAGAGGGAGCACAGCGCUGCUCCGAGUAGCUCAUUUAUUGAUGCCCAGCACCCGGGGCCGCACAAGCCUUGCCGCGUUUGGGGCAAAACCGUGCAAAUAGUUGUCCCUGUUGGAUUCCCCACGUUUCACAUGGGAGAGGGCAGCUGUGCUGCAGCCAGCCCUGCGCCAUCCUACCUGGGUGAGGAGUUCACAGCUUUUAAAUGGAAAAAUCAGAGUUCAGCCUUAGGGAAAGCACAUCCCGACUCCUGUAUUUUCUCGCCGAGCUUAGCCCAGCGGCUGGCUCUGCGCCUCCUGAGCCUGGUGGCGGCAGGGAAGGUCUCCCGUGGGCACAGCUGAGCCCAGGGACCGCGUUUCUUGCCAGGCGAGCAUGAAGCAUCCUCGUCCUCGAAUGUCUUUGUGGCUGGCAAGGCUGCCUUGCGGUGCGUCUCCCCCCUCUCCCCUUCGUUGUUUUACCUCUCCAGACUUUCAGAGGUGCUGUAAAAUUCUUUAAGGCUAAGUGUUUUAUGUAUAGUAGGGAUUUUUAUCGCCAGCUUUUGAAUAUACUGUGAUGAGUGUUUUACGAAGUGGGUGUUCAGUAAAAAAGAAUUGUAUACAAGUGUAAAUAAACUGUAUGUUGAUACUUGAAGAGAAGAAAAAAAAAAAGUUGUCUGUUCUGCUUUAGGAACUUACCUAAAUCGUUGACUGCAUCUGAUCCUUUCUAGCUGGCGAGAGCAAAACGUCAGCGGACGAAGAAUGUAAAUUUAGAGUGAGCGGUCAGGUCUCCCCGGUGCCGAGCUGCUGGGAACGCACGGCAAAAGCUGCAUGUUACCUCCGUGGUCUAGAAGCUGCAUCCAUCCUGCCAGGCUGCCCCGAGCUCCCGGGCGAAGUGCCCUGGCGCUGCCGGGGGAGGCAAACCCCUCUUCGUGGCCUUGCAGCUCGAGCCCUUUCUCUUUGACUGUAUUAUUUUGACUGUUAAUGCACUUGCUAGCUCAGAUGCGGUCUUCUGAUGGGAUUAACCUCUCUUUUCGUGCCUAGUCGGCCUUCAUCUUAAUCUUUUAGACAAUUGUAACCUGUGACCUGUGAUCCAAGUAAUAAAGAUCGACUGCUGGAACGUG